AGCGGUGUCUGUUUUCUUCAUAUAUUCGUAAACGUAUCAUUUAAAACCAAUUAAGGCAAUUUAAGAACUACUUUUUAACAGGUGUUAUACGCAGGUGUCUGUGAUUGAAGAACUACUUUUCGCAGUUACUUGAGGACACUGCCAGGGUUAGCCUGGUGUGCUUUAGUAAUUAAACAGAACUUUUAACUUAGUGUUUUAUAUAGAUACGAGUAGGUUAGCUACGACGGACGAUGGCGGAUGUAGAGCAGCAGCCGCAGCAAGCGGACCAACAGCCGGACCCAGGGCCCGGGGAGAAGGAGGCUAAUAAGGCCCCGAGCCCAAAACCUGACACUGAGGAAGUUGCACCACCACUGGUGUCUACAACAAAAACUGAGAAGAAGAAGCCUGCAGCCCCAGCGAAAAACCAGCCUGCUGCCAAAGGCCCAGCAAAGAAAAAUGUUAUUCUCACAGGGGAGGCGAUGAAGGAGAUGCAGAAACAGGCAAGACAGAUUCGUGAGGAACGCAAAGCUCAGAACCAGUUGAUGGUUGAUGCAAGACACAAGUAUAUUUUCAAGCAAGUUGGUGAGGCACUUGGUUUAGAUGACAGUCAAGUAGAAGAUCAUGUCCUUUCUGAUGAAAAGUUUGACCUUUUUGAACCCUUCUUUGCUGUAGAUGGAACCAGGAAGCUUAUGUUCUUUUAUCAGGAUGUGCAGAAAUCUGGAAGUACUGCAGCACCAACAAAGAAGUUGUUCCUCACUACCGGAGAUACUGAUGGCUUGCAUGGAGUCUGCCUGUACUUUCUGCGUACCACUAACAAGGCAAUUGCUGUCAAUAAUAUUGCCAAUGAAGUGAACUUCGGUAUGAUGGACUGCUCAAAAGGAAGGAUUCUUGCUGGCCUCGAGAAACACUUGUCCAGUAUUGUCCUGCCCUCACUCAGAUCCCUUGAGCAAUGGGGAGAUAUUGACAAUGGUAAUGGCAACAAUGCACAGAUAGAGGACUUCCUCGAACAGCUGGAGAAAUUCAUCAACAACCUCAUGUCAGCGCUGUCCAACAUGGAAGGUCAGAUAACUCUGGAGGAAAAUGGUAUUGGACCAAUAAUUGACAAUAUAGAAACACCUGCUGAUUAUCAGUCAGUUGCUGGUAACACAGAGUACCUAGAAAAGCUGGAGCAGCUGUGUGCACAGUGGUCGAAGCAGAUCGAGCAGGUUCUAGCAGAGAGUGAGCAGAUGAGACGUGAAGCAGACGACAUUGGACCAACAGCAGAACUGUCUUACUGGAAGUCACGCAUGGCCAAGUUCAACAACUUGUUGGAGCAGAUGAAGAGUCCCCGAGUGAAGGCUGUCCUCGGAGUCCUCCAGGUGGCCAAGUCCAAGUCUCUCAGAAGGUGGAAGGAACUGGAUGGAUAUAUCACUGACUAUGCCAACGAAGCCAAGGACAAUGUCAAGUACCUGUAUACCCUGGACAAAUUCUUCGGACCCCUCGUCAAAUGUCAGCCUGCAUCAAUGAUUGAGCAUAUACCAAGUUUGAUGAACGCCAUCAGAAUGAUCUACAGUAUUUCGCAGUAUUACAACACGUCUGAACGUAUGACCUCACUGUUUGUCAAGGUCACCAAUCAGAUGAUUACCACAUGUAAACAUUACAUUAUGCAUGACGUCAGCAAAAUCUGGGAUCACAAAAGAGAAGUUGUUCUGAAGAGACUGAAUGAGUGUACUCAGCUGAAUGAGGAGUACCAGAAACAGUUCCAGAGAACAAAGGAACGUCUCAAGGAGAACCCAAAUGAGAAACAGUUUGAAUUUAGUGAGAACUAUAUCUUCGGCAAAUUUGACACUUUCUGCAAGCGUCUUGAACGUAUUGCUGACAUGAUCAACACCAUGGAGAUGUUCUCUGGACUUGGAGAUGUGAAGAUUGAGGGAAUUGACAUCAUUGUUGUCAAGUUUAAGACAAUCUGUGACAAUGCCAAGAAGAAGAACUAUGAUAUUCUGGAUCACAGAAAAGCUGAGUUUGACAAUGAUUACCUGGAGUUCCGUAACCAGAUAGAAAACAUGCGUGGCAUGCUGCAGAACUUCAUGGAUACCUGGUUUCAGAAAUCACUUUCGACUGAGAAAGCUAUUGAACUCCUGGGAAAGUUUGAAGCAAUCACAGGUUCCAACCUGGACAUCAAUGAGAAGUACAUGAAAGUGUUGACUGCAUACGGCAAAGAUCUGGAAAACAUUCGUAAGCUGUACCAGAAAUUCAAGCAAGAACCCAUGAUCCCCAGGAACUUGCCACCCGUGGCUGGACGUAUUGCAUGGGCACGUCAGCUGUAUAGAAAGAUCGAGAUGCCAAUGAGGGCUUUCAAGACAAAGCCAGAAAUUCUGAAAAAUGCUGAGGCAAAGAAAAUCGUAAGAAAUUACAACAAGAUGGCAGGAGUACUCAUGGAAUACGAGAUGUUGUAUCAUCGUGGCUGGAUACGUGCUAUUGAGGCAGCUAAAUCUGGACUUAAUGCCUCUCUGUUGGUCAGACACCCAGAUACAGGUGAUCUGUAUGUGAACUUUGACAUCCAGGUAGUAGAGUUGAUCCAGGAAGCUAAGUGUCUGCAGGCCCUCAACCUAGAGGUCCCAGACACGGUGAAAGAGCUACAGACCAAAGAGGAAGAGAUCAAAACUGCCAAUGUUAACCUGACAGAGAUGUUACACGAGUACAGGAAUAUCUUGUCAAACAUUUCUCCAGUCCUCAUGCCUCUGAUGAAACCUUACAAGGACAAGGUAGAGGAAGAACUCCAACCAGGGGUCGUCGCUCUCACCUGGACCUCUCUCAAUGUAGAGGAAUAUAUAGAGAAUAACUACAAGGUUAUGGGAGAAUUGGACAAGUUGUCUAAGACAGUACAUGACAUACUGGAGUGUAGAAUUGAGGCGGUCCUUGAAGAUAUGUCCGCCACAGCCCUCUGUGAACUGCCUGAGGAUGAGGCGGUUACUAUGGAGAAAUUCCUGGAAAUUACAACUGAAGUUGUUGAGACAGCUUCCAAGUACCUAGCCAACCAGAGCCACCUGGUGGAGACAGCUGUGUAUGAUCUGGUUAAUCAGCUACAGUCUGGAUUGUCUGAUACUGACAAGCAGAACCUGACAUCAGAAGAAGGGUACCAGUGUUACUCUCCAGACACCAAGAACAAGAAGAGCAGAUGUCAAGAAUGUAUUGCCUGUAGCUACUAUUCUCUGUUGAACUACUUCACACAGAGAAACACUGAAGCUCUUGUAAAAGGUACGCGCCUUUCCCUGGAUGCAAUCAAACGUCGUCUGCAGACUUCAAACAAGUACACCAAGGAUGAGCUGAAAGAGGACCAGAAGGUACCGCUGUUCUGUGCCAACAUUGUGCUCCAAAUCCCCAACGUCGUAAUGAAACCAAGCCUGGAUGAUCUACAGUCUUCCCUGAACAAAGCCGUCCAAGUCAUUUUGAAGGCUUCUCAAGAUAUCCCACAGUGGGAACACCUGAUCAUUCACCAGAGACAGCAGCAGAAGAGAGCAAUGUCAAUGGCAAAUAAGGAGAUGGAGGUAGCUGCUAGUGAGCAGGCGGAGGAAGGCGCUAUCAUGAAGCCGGCAUCACUCAUCAAACCUCUGCACAAGAUCAUCAGUGAACACAAAGACGUUGUGAAAAUAGUUAUUCAGCUGAACUCAAUCAUCAGCACAUUUAAAGCAGACGUACAGGAAGUUGUUGACAAUUUCUCUCAGUAUUCUCAUCUGUGGGCAAAGAACCCCGAUGAAGCUGUGAAGGAGUUUAUGGAAGAGAAACCAAUUCUUUCUGAGUUAGAACAACAGAUCAAAUACUACCAGCGCCUGGAAGGUGAACUCGAGGAGAUUGUUCCCUCAUAUCGUGUAGGCUCAGUGACCUUCGUGACCGACCCACUAAAACUUGCCCUCGUUACCGAGACCCGUAACUGGAAACUGGCAUUCUCAAAGGCACUCAAUGAAAAAUGUGCACAGGACAUGGACGAAAUGCUAGAAUUCAUGGAAAACCAGAUGAAGAAAUUGUCACGUCCGGUAAAGGAUUUGGACGAUGUCCGAUCUCACAUGGCUUCGCUGGGAGAGAUUAGAGAGUCGUCUAUCCGUAUUGACAUGACCAUUCACCCCAUUGAAGAGGCUUAUGCCAUGUUGAAUAGAUACAACAUCUUCUUCAAUGAUGGCAAUGCAGAGAGAGUUGAUUCUCUAUCCUACAGCUGGAAGAAACUUUCUACCCAGUCCCAGGAAGUACAAGACCACCUUCUAGAGAUCCAGCCGGAGUUCAAGUCCAACUUGCUUGCUGGUGUGGAACAGUUUAUAAAGGACCAGACAGAAUUUGUCGGUGACUAUGACACAAAGGGACCCAUGGUUGAAGGAAUUGAGCCGCGUGAAGCAUCUGAUCGUCUCAAUAUAUACCAGUCGAGAUUUGACGAACUUUGGCGCAAGUAUAUAACUUACUCUGGCGGUGAGGAGUUGUUCGGUUUACCAGUGACACCAUAUCCAGAACUACAGAGGAUAAAGAAAGAACUGAACUUGUUACAGAAACUUUAUCAGUUGUACAAUAUUGUGCUUGAGAACGUGAAUGGUUACCAGGAUAUCCCAUGGUCGGAUAUAGAUAUUGAGAAAAUCAAUAACGAACUGCUAGACUUCCAAAACAAAUGUCGUAAACUGCCGAAAGCCUUGAAGGAAUGGAAGGCAUACGAAGAGUUGAAAAAGACAAUUGAUGACUUUAAUGAGACUUGUCCCCUGCUUGAGAUGAUGGCAAACAAAGCUAUGAUGCCACGUCACUGGGAAAGACUUGCCCAGAUCACAGGACACACAUUUGACGUAGAGGCUGACAGCUUCCUCCUCCGUAACCUCAUGGAGGCUCCACUGCUACCAAACAAAGAAGAUAUUGAGGAUGUGUGUAUCUCAGCGGUGAAGGAGAAGGAUAUUGAAGCUAAGCUGAAGCAGGUCGUUAACGACUGGAGCACCCAGUCAUUCCAGUUCUCAAACUUCAAGACUAGAGGAGAACUCCUUCUUAAAGGUGACACCACAUCAGAUACAGUGGCCUUGAUGGAAGACAGCUUGAUGGUACUUGGUGGUCUCCUUAGCAACAGAUACAAUGCCCCGUUCAAGCCAAAAAUUCAGGAAUGGGUUCACAAACUGACCGGCACUACUGAGAUUAUUGAAAACUGGUUGAUUGUACAAAACCUGUGGAUCUACCUGGAAGCUGUCUUUGUUGGUGGUGAUAUCGCCAAACAGUUGCCACAGGAAGCAAAGAGAUUCAGCAACAUUGACAAGUCCUGGUUGAAGAUCAUGCAGCGUGCACAUGAACAGUCAAACGUUGUUAACUGCUGUGUUGGUGACGACACAAUGAUGCAGUUACUGCCUCAUCUACUUGAACAGCUUGAAAUUUGUCAGAAGUCUCUGACUGGAUACCUGGAAAAGAAACGUCUCGUCUUUCCACGAUUCUUUUUCGUGUCUGACCCUGCCCUUCUUGAGAUCCUUGGUCAGGCUAGUGACUCCCACACCAUUCAGAACCACUUGUUGAGCGUGUUUGACAACACCAGACUGGUCACUUUUGAUGAGAAGGUGUAUGAUAAAAUUCUCGAGAUUAACUCCCAGGAAGGUGAAACUGUACAGUUGGAAGCACCAGUUAUGGCACAGGGUAAUGUUGAGAUAUGGCUGGGAGAGCUGUUGAAUAUGUCAAAGAAGUCGGUACACAGUGUCAUCAGAAUGGCAAGCAUACAAAUUGGAGAUCCAGCUUUCAAUAUGAUAGAGUUUGAAAAUAACUACCCAGCACAGAUCGGUCUGCUAGGUAUCCAGAUGAUCUGGACACGUGAUGCCGAGGAAGCCCUCACCAAUGCCCGCGUUGACAAGAAAGUGAUGGCUAACACUAACCAGAAGUUCCUGGACAUGUUGAACGAACUCAUUAACAUGACAACAACAGAUCUGAAAAAAAUUGAAAGAACAAAAUAUGAGACUCUGAUUACCAUUCACGUGCAUCAGAAAGAUAUCUUUGAUGAUAUGGUGAAAAUGCAUAUCAAGUCUCCAGGUGACUUUGAGUGGCUGAAACAGUCUCGAUUCUACUUCAUUGAAGAUAUAGACAAAUGUCAGAUCUCCAUCACUGAUGUGGACUUCACAUACCAGAAUGAAUUCUUAGGUUGCACAGAACGUCUUGUCAUCACACCGCUUACUGACAGAUGUUACAUCACCCUGUCUCAGGCCCUGGGUAUGAGUCUGGGAGGAGCCCCAGCUGGACCUGCUGGUACUGGCAAGACUGAGACAACCAAGGACAUGGGUCGUUGUCUCGGCAAGUACGUUGUUGUCUUCAACUGCUCAGAUCAGAUGGACUUCAGAGGUCUUGGUCGCAUCUACAAAGGUUUGGCCCAGUCUGGAUCCUGGGGAUGCUUUGAUGAGUUCAACCGCAUUGAGUUGCCUGUAUUGUCUGUGGCUGCCCAGCAGAUUGCUAUUGUACUACAGUGUAAGAAGGAACGUAAACCUUCCUUCAUAUUCACUGACGGCGACAAUGUCGAUAUGGACAUGGAAUUUGGAAUUUUCUUGACCAUGAACCCAGGUUAUGCCGGCAGACAAGAGUUGCCAGAGAAUCUGAAGAUCAAUUUCCGUACAGUGGCUAUGAUGGUUCCAGACAGAGCUAUCAUUAUCCGUGUGAAGCUGGCUUCCUGUGGUUUCCAACAGAACAUUGCCCUUGCAAAGAAAUUCUUUACUCUCUACAAACUGUGUGAAGAACAGCUCACCAAACAGGUGCAUUACGAUUUUGGUUUACGUAACAUCUUGUCUGUGUUGCGUACAUUAGGAGCAUUCAAACGUGCCAACCCAGAUGAUCCCGAGACUGUGUGUGUGAUGAGAGUUCUAAGAGACAUGAACCUCUCAAAACUGGUUGAUGAAGACGAGCCACUGUUUAUGUCACUUAUUGACGACUUGUUCCCAGGAAUUGUUCUUGACAAAGCCGGGUACCCAGAGAUGGAGGCAGCUAUUGAGAAGAAGGUUACUGAAGCAGGGUUGAUCAACCAUGCACCAUGGGUGCUUAAACUGAUCCAACUGUUUGAGACCCAGCGUGUACGUCACGGUAUGAUGACCCUCGGACCCAGUGGUGCAGGCAAGACAAAGUGUAUCCAUACAUUGAUGAAAGCUAUGACAGAAUGCGGUGAGCCCCAUAAAGAAAUGAGAAUGAACCCAAAGGCUAUUUCAGCUCCUCAGAUGUUCGGGCGUUUAGACGUCGCCACCAAUGACUGGACAGAUGGUAUCUUCUCUACACUCUGGAGAAGAACACAUAAAACAAAGAAGGGUGACCAUGUAUGGCUGUUGCUUGAUGGACCAGUAGACGCUAUCUGGAUUGAAAACCUGAACUCUGUGUUGGAUGACAACAAAACUUUGACAUUAGCUAACGGUGAUCGUAUCCCUAUGGCCCCUAAUUGUAAGAUUAUCUUUGAGGUACACAACAUUGACAAUGCCUCGCCUGCCACAGUGUCCAGAAACGGCAUGGUGUUUAUGAGCAGCUCUAUUCUGGACUGGAAUCCAAUUCUAAAAGGUUGGUUAUUGACACGACCAGCAGGUCAGCAGGACGUGAUUUUCACUGUGUUUGAUCAACUCUUCUUCGUACUUUACACCAACGUUAUACAGUUCAUGGAACCAAAGAUGGAUGUUCUGCAGUGUAACUAUGUACGUCAGGCUAUUGACUUGCUGGAGGGUUUGAUCCCACGUCGGGAUGACAACAAGGACAUUCCCAAGGAACAUUUGGAAAAACUCAUCCUGUUUGCAAUCAUGUGGUCCCUCGGAGCAUUGCUUGAACAGAAUGACAGAAAGAAGAUUGAAGAAAUUAUAAAAUCGAACAGUUCGGUGGAGCUUCCGCAGUGUGAAGGUGAAGACACAAUAUUUGAGUUUGUUGUUGGUGAAAAUGGAAAAUGGGAACAUUGGUCUGGAAGGGUACCAACAUACAUUUACCCUGACAAUGAAAUCCCAGAAUACACUGGUAUUCUAGUACCAAAUGUGGACAACGUGAGAACCGACUUCUUGAUUGAAACCAUAUCCAAACAAGGCAAAUGUGUCCUUCUUAUUGGUGAACAGGGUACAGCAAAAACUGUGAUGAUCCAGGGAUUCUGUGGCAAGUACGAUCCUGAGUUGCACAUGUUCAAGAGCUUCAACUUCUCGAGUGCCACCACACCCUACAUGUUCCAGCGGACCAUUGAGGGCCUUGUCGACAAACGUAUGGGUACAACAUACGGUCCACCUGCUGGCAAGAAAAUGACAGUGUUUGUUGAUGACAUUAACAUGCCUGUUAUCAAUGAUUGGGGAGAUCAGAUCACAAACGAGAUUACCAGGCAGAUGAUUGAAGCAAAGGGUUUCUACAACUUGGAAAAGCCUGGUGACUUCAUCAACAUUGUUGACAUCCAGAUGAUGGCUGCCAUGAUCCAUCCUGGUGGAGGUCGUAAUGAUAUUCCACAACGUCUCAAGCGCCACUUCAAUAUUUUCAACUGUACUUUGCCAUCAAACACUUCCAUUGACAAGGUCUUCAGAACAAUCGGCAAAGGCUACUUCAUCAAGAAACGUGGCUUCCCUGAGGAGGUUUGUGAAAUGAUUGAAAACCUUGUGUUGGCCACACGUAAACUCUGGCAGAAAACCAAGGUGAAGAUGUUGCCAACACCAGCAAACUUCCACUAUGUCUUCAACUUGAGAGAUCUCAGCAGAAUAUGGCAGGGUAUGUUGACAUGCACAGAAGAAAUUGUAAAAGAUGUUGGCGUUCUGAUGUCACUGUGGAAACAUGAGUGUUACCGUGUAAUUGCCGACAGAUUUACAUCAUAUGGUGACAAAGAUUGGUUUGAGAAGACAAUUAAACAGGUUGCAGAAGAAGAAUGUGGAGUGGCUGCCGCCACUGACAUGGCAUUAGAACCAUACUUUGUGGAUUUCAUGAGAGAUGCCCCCGAAAUUACAGGAGAUGAACCAGAUGAUGCUGACCUUGAUGCCCCAAAGAUUUAUGAGCCAAUUCCAUCAUUAGAUGAACUUGCUGAAAAGCUCAAUGGUUACAUGGAGCAGUACAAUGAGACAGUUCGUGGUGGGAAAAUGGACCUUGUAUUCUUCAAGGAUGCUAUGACGAACUUGGUGAAAAUUUCACGUGUAAUUCGUACACCUAGAGGUCACGCCCUGCUGGUUGGUGUUGGUGGAUCUGGUAAACAGUCAUUGACUCGACUAGCAUCAUUCAUUGCUACAUACAAGACAUUCCAGAUAACACUGUCCAGAUCAUACAACGUGAGUAACCUUUUGGAAGACUUGAAGUACUUGUACCGUACAGCCGGUCAACAAGGACAGGGCAUCACGUUUCUGUUCACUGACCAGGAAAUCAAGGACGAAGCUUUCCUUGAGUACAUGAACAAUAUCCUGUCAUCUGGUGAGGUGUCUGGUUUGUUUGCCCGUGAUGAAAUGGAUGAAAUCCUAAACGAGCUGAUUGGAGCAAUGAAGAAAGAUUUCCCAAGACGGCCGCCCACUCUGGAGAACCUGAACGAGUACUAUCUGUCGAGAUGUCGUCAGAAUCUUCAUCUCUGUCUCUGUUUCUCUCCUGUUGGAGAGAAAUUCCGUUCCCGAUCCCUGAAGUUCCCUGGUUUAAUUUCUGGUUGCACAAUGAACUGGUUCCAGCGUUGGCCAAAAGAUGCUUUGAUUGCUGUGUCAAAUCACUUCCUGUCAAGUUACGACAUUGUAGCCACGCCCACUGUCAAGACAGCUGUUGUGAACUCUAUGGGAGUUUUCCAGGACUUGGUUGCAGAACAGUGCAUAGAGUAUUUCCAGAGGUUCCGUCGUCAGACGUACGUCACACCCAAGUCUUACCUUUCUUUUAUUGCUGGAUACAAGGAAAUUUAUUCCCAGAAACGAGGAGAGAUUGGUGUCUUAGCUGACAGAAUGAAUACAGGUUUGAAGAAGCUUGUAGAAGCUACAGAAUCAGUGAAUGAAUUAUCUAAGGAGCUUGCUGUGAAGGAGAAAGAAUUGGCAGUUGCCUCAAAGAAGGCUGAUGCUGUGUUGGCUGAAGUGACAGUGAAGGCCACAGCUGCUGAGAAGGUGAAAGCUCAAGUCCAGGUUGUGAAGGAUAAAGCCCAGUCCAUUGUAGACGUCAUUACUGCAGAUAAAUCGUUUGCGGAGGCAAAGUUGGAAGCUGCUCGCCCUGCCCUGGAGGAGGCAGAAGCUGCCCUACAGACCAUCAAACCUGCACAUAUUUCUACUGUACGUAAGCUGGCUAAACCACCACAUUUGAUUAUGAGAAUUAUGGACUGCGCAUUGUUGCUCUUCCAAAAGAAGUUGGAUCCUGUUACCAUGGACCCAGAACGCCCAUGUGUCAAACCAUCAUGGGGUGAGGCCUUGAAGCUCAUGUCCGGUGGUGGAUUUUUACAGGGUCUGAUGAACUUCCCUAAGGACACCAUCAAUGGAGAGACUGUAGAGUUACUGGCCCCAUACCUGGCUAUGGAAGAUUACAAUAUUGACAGUGCCAGGAAGGUGUGUGGUGACGUGGCAGGUCUUGCCUCCUGGACACAGGCCAUGAGUUUCUUCUACAGCAUCAACAAAGAAGUAUUGCCCCUGAAGGCAAACUUGGCAGUACAAGAAGCAAAAUUAGCUUUGGCUAUGAGUGAUUUGAAUGCAGCGCAAGCACAACUGGAUGAGAAAAAUCGUGAGCUUGCUGAGGUGAUGGCAAUGUACGAUGCAGCCAUGUCAGAGAAACAGGCUCUACUGGAUGAUGCUGAAGCAUGUAGGAGAAAGAUGAACAAUGCAACAGCCCUGAUUGACGGUCUCGGAGGAGAGAGAGUUAGAUGGACGGCUGCUAGUAAAGGAUUUGAAGCCCAGAUUCAGCGUCUUGUUGGUGACGUACUGUUGUGCACAGGUUUUCUUUCAUACUGCGGACCAUUUAACCAAGAGUUCAGAUCUCUAAUGAAUAAAUUGUGGAAGAAAGAAAUGAUAACAUCGAAGAUUCCAUUCAGUGAGGACCUGAAUAUUGUUAACAUGUUGGUGGAUAAUGCAACAGUGAGUGAGUGGAAUCUUGAAGGUUUGCCAAAUGAUGACCUCUCCAUCCAGAACGGUCUUAUUGUAACUAAGGCUGCUCGGUAUCCUCUGCUUAUUGAUCCACAAGGUCAAGGCAAGAUCUGGAUUAAAAAUAGGGAGGGAAAGAAUGAAUUACAGCUGACCUCACUAAAUCACAAAUACUUCCGUUCCCAUCUGGAGGACAGUUUAUCACUGGGACGGCCCCUUAUCAUUGAGGACGUCGGAGAAGAACUUGACCCUGCCCUUGAUAAUGUCCUGGAAAAGAACUUCAUAAAGAGCGGAUCCACAUUUAAAGUGAAAGUGGGAGACAAGGAAGUUGACAUUAUGAAAGGUUUCCGGCUGUACAUCACAACCAAGCUGGGUAACCCAACAUACACACCAGAAAUCACUGCUAGGACAUCCAUUGUAGACUUCACUGUAACAAUGAAGGGUCUUGAAGAUCAGUUGCUGGGUAUUGUCAUCUUAACAGAAAAACAGGAACUUGAACAAGAAAGAACGAACUUGCUGGAGGAGGUCACAGCAAACAAACGGAAGAUGCAGGAACUUGAAGACAACCUCCUGUAUCGUCUCACGUCUACCGAGGGAUCCCUCGUAGAGGAUGAGUCAUUGAUUGAGGUGCUCAGUAUCACCAAACAUACUGCAGAGGAAGUCAGUGAGAAACUGAAGAUCGCUGCUGAAACUGAGAUCAAGAUUAACACCGCUCGUGAAGAGUUCAGACCAGUGGCUAACCGUGGCAGUAUCAUGUACUUCUUGAUUGUUGAGAUGGCAAUGGUAAACGUGAUGUACCAGACGUCAUUGCGUCAGUUCCUCGGAAUCUUCGACCUUUCCAUGGCACGUUCUCAGAAAUCACCCAUCACAGGCAAAAGAAUUGCCAAUAUUAUUGACUAUCUGACAUAUGAGUCAUUUGUGUACACUGCAAGAGGACUUUAUGAGAAAGACAAGUUUACUUUCACAAUCUUGGUCACGCUGAAAAUUGAGAUGAAUGGCGGAAGAAUUCCAAACAGUGAAUUCCAGAGCUUCAUUAAAGGUGGUGCUGCUCUUGACUUAAAUGCUGUGGAUCCGAAGCCAAAGAAAUGGAUUCUCGACAUGACCUGGCUAAACUUAGUUGAGCUCAGUAAACUGCCACAGUUUACUCAAAUUUUAGCUCAGGUUGCAAGAAAUGACAAGCAAUGGAAAGCCUGGUUUGAUGAGGAUGCCCCAGAGGAGAACCCGAUUCCCGACGGAUAUGCAACUACACUCGACACCUGGCGUAAACUUCUGCUGAUCAGAGCAUGGUGCCCAGACAGAAUCAUACCUAUGGCAAGAAAAUUUAUUGCUGAGGCCAUGGGGACAAGAUACGCAGAAGCAGUCAUCUUGAAUAUGGAGACUAUGCACCAAGAAUCAACAAAGAGAACUCCAUUGAUCUGUUUCCUCAGUAUGGGGUCUGACCCAACAGAAAAUAUCAUGUUGCUUGCUAAGAAAUUGAACUUCUCAUGCAGUGCUAUUUCUAUGGGUCAAGGUCAGGAUGUACAUGCUCGACGUCUGCUCAGUGUUUCUAUGGCAGAAGGUAAAUGGGUCUUGCUCCAGAACUGCCAUCUUGGUCUUGACUUCAUGGAUGAACUCUUGGAAACGGUGGUAUCAACAGAGAAUGUACAUGAAGAUUUCCGCUGCUGGUUGACCUCUGAGGAGCAUAAAAAGUUCCCAAUCAAUCUGCUCCAGUCCUCCAUCAAGUUUACAAAUGAGCCACCUAUGGGAGUAAAGGCUGGUCUCAAGAGAACAUACGCUCUUGUUACACAGGAACAACUCGAGUACAGUAACUUACCACAGUGGAAGCCAAUGUUGUACGGAGUUGCCUUCCUUCACACAACUGUACAAGAAAGGAGAAAGUUUGGACCAAUCGGAUGGAACAUUCCAUAUGAGUUCAACCAAUCGGAUUUUACAGCCACUGUGCAAUUUGUGCAGAACCAUUUGGAUGACAUAGAUCCAAAGAAGGGUGUAUCAUGGACAACUGUUCGCUACAUGAUUGGUGAAGUACAGUACGGAGGUCGUGUUACAGACGACUAUGACAAGAAGCUGCUGAACACCUAUGCUCGUGUCUGGUUCAGUGAGGGAAUGUUUGCUGACUCAUUCCAAUUCUACACAGGAUAUAAGAUUCCCAAAUGUAAGAAUCUGGCAGAAUAUGGAACCUAUAUUGAAAGCCUUCCAUUGGCUGACACUCCGGAAUGCUUUGGUCUCCAUUCCAAUGCUGAUAUUACGUAUUCUACGAAUACAUCCAAUAACAUGCUUGAGACUAUAAUGAGCAUCCAGCCCAAAGAUUCUGGUGGUGGUGGUGGUGAGACUCGUGAAAGCAUUGUAUACAAACUUGCCGAUGACAUGUUGGGAAAAUUGCCAUCAGACUAUAUUCAGCAUGAGGUCAGAGAGCGCUUGAGAAAGAUGGGACAUCUCCAGCCAAUCAAUAUCUUCCUGAGACAGGAGAUUGACAGAAUGCAGCGUGUAAUAACCCGUGUCCGUAAUGAUCUCACUGAUCUUAAACUCGCUAUUGAUGGUACCAUCAUCAUGAGUGAAAAUCUACGUGAUGCCCUUGACAACAUGUUUGAUGCACGUGUGCCUACACUGUGGAAGAAGAUUUCCUGGGAGUCUUCAACCCUUGGUUUCUGGUUCACAGAUCUGCUGGACCGUAACGCACAGUUUUACUCCUGGUUGUAUGACGGUCGUCCGACAACAUUCUGGAUGACAGGAUUCUUCAAUCCAACUGGUUUCCUGACAGCCAUGAGACAAGAGAUUACCCGUGCACAUAAGGGAUGGGCACUCGAUUCCGUCAUCCUUGACAAUGAAGUGACCCGCAUGAUGAAAGAAGAUGUACAUAGUCCCCCAGGAGAAGGUGUAUACAUCUAUGGUCUGUACCUAGACGGUGCAGGUUGGGAUCGACGUAACGCCCGACUCAUUGAACCAACACCAAAGGUACUGUACACAUUGAUCCCAGUUGUACAUGUGUUUGCUGUCAACGUUGAGAAGAACAAGACUGGAUAUGAUUGUCCAGUAUACAAGAAACCAAGACGUACAGAUCUGACAUACAUUUUCCCACUACAAUUGAAGACAAACAAAAAUCCAGAUCACUGGACCCUUCGUGGUGUUGCACUGCUCUGUGACACUAAAUAAACUGUAAAGAACUUUAUGGAAUUUAGAGAUCUUUAUUAAUGACAGAAAACUACAUGAGAAUAAUGAAACUAUAUGUAACUUGUGAACACUUCUAUCAGAGGGAUAAUUCUGUAACUUACAUGUGAAUAUUAUAUCACAUGAAAUAUGUAAGAAUCUGUUUUUUACAUAUAACAUAUUCAAUGUAAUCUGUAUUUAAUAGUGCAAAAAUGUUUAAUUUGAAUGGACUGGACUAUAGUUACAAAACACUUGUUUAAAUUGAGAUUUGAUACUAAACAUUGUGUAGAAGUGCUUAAGUGAUAUAAACUGUAUUAAAUAUUUAUUUACACUUACAUGACUGUGAUUGAAUUUUGAUUUACAUGUGAUAUAAUGUUUUGUAUGAAAUUUGAUUUGUUGUUUUGCUGAUGUGAUAAUAAUACUAAAUAUUGAUGUUUUUAAUAUACAUGUAUAUAAAUAAUGUUACUUGAAAUUUUCAACCUUGAAGUAAUAGAAACUGCAUUCUUGAUGAGUUGUAUUUUUCAGUAUAUUUACAGUUAAUAUUUAAGAAUUAUCACUGUUAGUGCAUGAUAAUCAGCCUAGACAUCUGGAAGCCUAUUUAGUGACUCUGUUAUCAUGUGGUGCUGUCACCUAGCGAAACAUGUUUAAUAUACUUAAGGUUUCUAUCACUGCAACAUACUGUUACUGUUGCAGCUUCAUUAUUCUUUUUUUUCUACUAGUGUUUAAUAUAUAUAUAUGACCAAAAGUGUGAUAUGCAAUUAACAAAUUGAAAGCUUGUUAUUUUUGUUGUAUUUUUUUUUUUUUUUUUUUUUUUGCAAUUGAAAGUUGCAUUUAUUUAUUGUUUUGCUGUUAUUUGUGUGUGAUGUUUUCAGUAUUUCUAAACUGAUAAUCAAAGUUUAUCUAAUUUUAUAUACAUGUAUUUUGUUAUACUUAUUUCUGUUGUGUUAU